AUGCCUGGAUCACUGGCUACACAACACAAAACUUCUAAUACUGAUAAGACUCAUUCCGAUAAGAAUAAACAUGUUUCUACUCAUACUGGAACGAAGAAUACAACGCAUGGACAUACGAUUGUUAACAAAAAAUCUGAUGUUGUCGAGCAUAUGAAUGUACAUAAUAAAACAAAUCCUAAAAGACGUAAUUCCAUAGAUACUCAUACAAAAACUACACACGCAGCUGGAGGUACACAUGCUCAUGAAGCGACAAGAUCACGUGGAGCAACAGUCUCACAUGGAAGUCAUCCUCAUACAAAAGCACAAACACAUAUAGAUACACAUGGAAAAAGUACAACAUUACAUGCUCAUCCUAACGUACAUCGAAAGACUGUUACUCAUGGUACAACUAAGAAAUCGGAUGGUCAUAAAUCACGAAUAAUUAAGUAUAGCAAAUCUGAAAAUAAUUCAAGUGAUCAAGAAAAAUUUACUUCUACAGGUACUGUAACUUUUGAUACAACUUAUUUAUUAUAUAUUCUUUUUUUUCUUAUAGAAACUGAGACUAUUAUUAAAACAGCAGUAUCUGAAACUCCUGAAAAUAUUACUAGUGAAAAGCCUGACGAUGAUGAAACGAAUUAA